AUGUUCAGGCAAAUUUGGAUCAACAAGCAUCACCGCAACUAUCAACGUAUCGUUUGGAGAGAACAUCCUUCAGCUCCACUUCGACAUUACCAACUCUGCACUGUAACCUAUGGCACUGCGUGUGCACCAUUUCUGGCUGUACGGGUUCUUGAGCAACUGGCCAGAGACUAUCAACAUUUGUAUCCAACUGCUGCGCGCAUUCUCCUUGAAGAUUUCUACGUUGACGACGUUUUAACAGGAACUGACACCGAGGAGAAGCUUCUACAAUACAAACAAGAACUAAUUCAACUAAUGUCAUGUGCUCAACUCGAACUUGGAAAAUGGAUUUCCAACAGCAACCGCGUUGUCGACCCUGAGACAACAAUCACAAACAACACAUCAUACAGUCCACUCGAAACUACGAACAAGGUUUUGGGAAUUCAUUGGCAACCGCAAACGGACACAUUGGCAUACAAGGUAUCUUUGCCCAGCGAGGGAAAGAUUACAAAACGGCAAGUUUUAUCAGACGUAUCUCGCAUUUUCGACCCACUUGGAUUGCUGGCUCCAGUGGUUAUACAAUUCAAAAUCCUGUUCCAAGAACUUUGGGUUCUCAACUUAGACUGGGACAGCCCGCUACCGCUCAGCCUGGAAGAUUGGUAUCUCAAAUGCAAGCACGAUAUCAACACGCUCAAUGAACUUGAGGUUCCACGCUACAUUGGCAAUUCUACUGACACAAUUGAAUUGCACGCUUUCUCGGACGCAUCUAUAAAAGCCUACGCCGCUGCAGUUUACAGUAGAGUCACUCUCCCUGAUGGUAACAUACAGGUUACUCUUAUAGCUGCAAAGACUCGUGUUGCACCUCUCAAAACACAAUCACUUCCACGCCUGGAAUUGUGCGGCGCACUGCUACUAAGUCGAGUCAUCAACUCAGUCAAGGCUGCACUGAAACACUACAACGUCACUGUUUACGCCUGGUGCGACUCUACCAUUGUUUUGGCUUGGCUCUCGCACAUACCUGCCAAACUAAAGACUUUCGUCGCAAACCGCACUGCCGAAAUCCUCAGCAUCAUUCCACGAGAUCACUGGCAACAUGUCAAAUCAGAUGACAACCCUGCUGACUGCGCUUCAAGGGGCAUGCUAGCUGCUGACUUA